AUGGCCGCCCCUCGCCGCAGCCGCGCCUGGCUGCUCGCCCUGCUCGGCGGGCUGGGCGCCUGGGGCGGCUCGCGGGCGUUCUUGUUCGGGGACGCCGACCCAGAGCCUGGGCCCCCCGAGUCCGUCGAUCGCGUCAAGGGGCUGCUGCUCAAGGCGGACGCGGUCUUCUUCGACGUGGACAGCACGGUGGUGAAGACGGAGGGCAUCGACCUCAUGGGCAAGUGCUUCGGGGUUAUGCAAGAGAUCGCCGAGCUGACCCACAAGGCCGUGGACGUGAACGUGAAGUUCCCGGACGCCAUGGCCGACAGGCUGCAGCUCAUGGCCGACCAUGGCAUGACCAGGGAUGCUCUGGAGGAGUGCGUCGUCAAAGAGGGCGUUCCCCAGUGGUCGCCUUGGGUCCAGGAGAUUCUGGAACAUGAGGAGGACCUGGACGAGGCCCGAGACGAGGCCCAGUAUGGGAAUGAGGAGGAGGGGGGCCCCGACGAAUACCAGGACCAGGGCCUCCAGGAGGAGAAGGAGGAGGAGGAGGAAGAGGAUGAGGCAGCCCACAAGGAAGGUCACGAGGCUUGUGAUCCUUUUCGCCAGGCGCCUGCACAGGACAAUCCCCGAUCUGCCGCCGCCUGCGACGACGCCGCCAGCUCCCACAGCAUCGACGCGAGCAACGACCUCGGCGCGAAUCCCCACAGCACCGGCCACCUUCUUCUGAUGAUGUUCUGGCUGUUAGGCAGGAACAUUUUGUCCAUCGUGCACGGCGGGUCGGAAGAUCCCGCAAGCGCUGGACGGCGCGAGGCCGACGGCCCGAACACCCACGGCAGCACGGUCACCGAUGCGGGACGCAGCACCACCAGCACACAAUGCCGCAGGGGUAUGCAGAUGUUUGUGAAGACACUCACGGGGAAGACCGUCAUGCUCAUCCUGGAGCCCGACUGCUUAUACAGCGACCAACACCACCACCAGCUUGCCACCAACCAGGCUUUGCUGGCGCAGCUGGCAGAGCACUGGCGCAGGCGGAUCGAAACCCAUGGGGUACGGCGCUCACGACUUCUGCUCCGCGCGGACGCAGCCGCCAGGGACAUCACCAGAGCUGGUACCCACGACACUGCAGGACGCGGGACGCCCGCCCUGACGGAAACCGUGCCACCAGCCACGUGCACCUCUGCGAUCAUCACGGCUGACACUCGCACCGACGCAGGCAUCCAUGACAGCCUGGACGCCCACAUCCACGUCGGCACCCCCGACGACACGAACGCCACUCCGAGACGCAGCACGGAGGCCAGCUCCGACGGCGACGUCACCACACGGGGUACGACAACUCUCAGGAAGCCCCGCGGGGGAAUGCAGGUCUUUGUCAAGACGCUGACGGGGAAGACCAUCGUGCUCAACGUGGCGGCCAAUUCCACGAUCGAGGACGUUAAAGCGAACAUCCAAGACUCCGAGGACAUCUCCCCUGUCCAGCAACGCCUGAUUUACGGCAGCAAGCAGCUGGAGGACAGUCGCACGCUUACGGACUACAACAUCCAGAAGCACGCCACGAUGCACCUGGUUCACCGACUCCACGACGCACCCGUUGCGCAACCAGAGGCUCCGGACAAGGAGGGGCGCAUGGACGAGCUGCUCGCCGAACUGAUCGAGCAAGAGGUCUUGGGGCACGGAGACUACACCAGCGCGGUCACGGACACCCGCGAGCCUUCAGACAACCGACCCAUGAUCACAUUGGACGCCCUGCGCACAUGGCCAUCUCUUAUCCCAGUCCUCCGGUCCCUCGCCUACGACCCCAGUUCCGCGGAUCCAUGGGCACUUGUGGGCAUCCCAAAGUGCGAAGGCCCACCCCCCACGACGGAAAUGAUCAUGCGACGAGUGGCCUUGGCCCAUGCCCUGACGUCAGUCUGCCAACACCCAGGGCGCAGACUCCAGGAAUCAACAGAGCCCAAGGACUUCUUGGACCGACUCGACGCCGCAAGCAAGCACUGCUUUAACGAUCUCCCCCACAUCCUCCGGGAGAAACGCAAAUGGACGACCACCCGGAGCCCGCGCUGGCUUGAAGCCGGCACCUCUCUACUCAAGUACUUGCACGACCGGGCGACCACCGCGGCGAGACCCACAACCCUCCUCCUCCACACGUCCAAUCUACAGGAAAUCGACUUUACACAUUUUCCUCUGGCACUCCCGCCGCUCACUGGUCGGCAGCAGUACGAGGCUCUCACCAAGAGCGCUGCGACCAUCCGCGGGGCCCUGCACGGGAUGACAGGCAAGGACCUCUACAUGUGGGCACCGAUGGAUUCGGAGACCAUGGCACGACUUGCCCGUGCUUUCAAAACCUUUGCGGCCACAGCUGCCGCCACGACCACUCUGCACCUUCUGGUCCCGCACGACGUCUACCCAGGCUGCAGCACGCACACGGAAAUCCAGGACCAAUGGGGGCAUAGCUUGAUGGAGACGGAAUGGAAACCGAUCUUAACCUGCGUGGAAUACUUACGCCAGCCAGUCAGGUGUGUCUUUCCGGGACAGACUGGUCCGCUUCACCACGUGAAAGCGAUCGCGGUUUUUCGUCUGUCGACUUGUGGCACCACCUCGCCUCCGGUCACACUCAAUUGGCGGCCGACCCUGCUGGAGGAAAGCGCGGGCCCGGCAGUCAUCGUGGAUUUCUACGGCGCGGAGGAACUCGGCGUCCACGGCGCGCUCAAGAAGCUGUCUCUUCCUGGCUUGAUUUGCUGGGGCGGCCCACGGCGCAGCCUCGGCAGCAAGGGCCCGGCACAAAGGCUGUGCUUCGUGGGAUUCUUCGAGGAGACCCGCGUCACGGACUUGGACCUGCACCUCUACGUAGACCACCUCAAGAACCAGGACGAGUUGCACAGGACGCUCAUCGGACGACGCGCGCUGUUUACCGACCGCACGGCCAUGGUGGUAGAUAUGGGUUCACCGACAGCGAUUGAGGCCAUGCGGGACUGGACGAACGAGGUGGUGCUCGUCUCGUCACGCCGGGCAUUGAUCAGGACGGCGUGGUCCGCGGAGCACUGGAUCCAUGAACUCUCUGACCAGGGCACAGUCACACCACUCGACGCUAUCACGCGGUCAGAGGCACGCCGCAUCUCCCUGACCACUGCCAUCGUUAUUUCCGACGCGCCUUCGGGCCACCCGGACUCCCUUCCAGGCCGCCUCAUGACGCGGAUCUCUGCGCUCACCGGCACGCCCUGGCAGAUGCAGCAAGAGGGGGGACCUCUCCUCCCACACCGCUGGCGCAGCGAGAACGCGCACCGCCUCGCGGUCCAGUGCAGCACCGUCGACGACCUCAACGUACUCUACCACCACGCUCACAACACUUGCAUGGAGAUCGACGGCAUGCCGUGCUUGGUCGAGAAUUUGAACCUUUUUCACGACGCUCCCCAGGCGGCCAGGGACGAU